GUGAAGUGCUGCAAAGGGCUCGCGCGUCCCUCGGCUUCGACCCGAAGAUUCGGCUGCAGCUGCUUUACGAAGAUCGGCCGCUACAAACGCAGGAGACCUUGGCCUCCCUGGGCCUGCCGGGCCCUCCCUUUCAGGUGGAUCUGCAGCUCCUACACCAACCCAGGCUGGUUGAGCGCAUUGACAUGCAGACCUCCGACUUCCAGCAAGUUUGUAUUUGCAUCUGCGGGCAGCACGCGGCUGGCAAAACAAGCUUCUUGAAUCAGUAUGUGGAUCACCGUUUCCAUGCCGAGCGCGUUGACACCGUCAUUUCCGUGGACUUCAAGGUUGUCAAUCUUCGGGUCGAGAAGGAGAAGAACAUGGUUCCCGUGAAGCUUCUCGUCUGGGACCUACAUGGAAGUCACCACGCCUACAAUCCUGUGCUGCAUCCUAUCAUGUUCCGGCACAAGGCCGCCAUCAUCUUCGUGGCGGACCUGGAGAGACUGCAUCUUAAUGAGAUUCAGCGCUUGCUCGACUUGUCCGCAUCGGAAGAUGUCUUGGAGAGAGUCCUGGUCGGCAACAAGGCGGAUGUCGCUGCUCCUGGGAACACUGAAGAGGCCGAGGCUUUCGCCACGGCGAACGGCUUGACGUACUUCGAGGCCUCUGCCAAAGAUCACGAGAGUGUAGACGUGGUCCUUCGGCACAUCCUGCUUUCUGUGAUGGACAAGAUGGAACUCAAACUGACACCUUUUCGCAGAGACGGCGUACUUGCUCCAGACCCACCGCCAGAGCGGUUGCGCUGCGCCUUGCAAUAG